UGGUUACUUAGUAAACAGGGAAAUGUCUCAAAUGUAAGGUUUUGAAAAUGUCAUCCUAAUUUUCUGAAUUAUAUCAAUAAUAAGAAUUAUUUUUGUUUUGUAUAAGUAAAAAUUAAUAUUAGUUGCAGUUUUAUAACAAGUUUGGAAAAUUAUUUGGUGAAUUAUGAGUUUCUGUGUGGACCUUGUAUCUGAGGACUCUUUUUAUGAAAAUAUCACUUUGGGAGUGACAAAACUGUUAGAAUCUGAUCCUAGGAUAUGUAAUGUUAGCGUGGAACGUAGAUCGCCCUGUGAUCGCGUAGCCUUGUCGACAUGGGAACAGAGACAUUCCGCCAUACUUCCUGAGGAUCUACGAAAUUUCUAUGCAUCCAGUGAUGGGUUCCAAUUAACUUGGAAUUAUAAAUAUUCAGCUGAUGAAAUACUACCAGUAGGUUCGAUUCGAGUGAAUUCAUUGAAUGAGUUAUGCCUUUCGCCGGCCCUGAAGGAUUUGUUAGACUUCUCCAUGACGAGACAGCACACUGGGCCUCGACCUGUGCUAAACACUAAGAGCAAAGUAUUCGAGUUGGAUUCAUGCAGGACUAUUGGAAAGAUAUGCCUAGUGUACACAGGCGGGCUGUGGUCAGUGUGGCUGGCGACGCGAGAAGGUGCUUGGGGUUGGCUGGCAGACUCAUUCACACAUUACUUUAGAAUGGCAUUAGUACAUUUGGGUCUACCUGGUUGGCAAGCCGCCUUUGCAAAUAUGCCAUUGAUUCCUUGGGCAGAGCAACUGUUCUUACUGUUAGCGCCGCAUUUAUUGGAUAAAUCGGAUAUAGAGCCCAACCUUAUAACGGCUACAAGUGAAACAGGAUUAAAUCACAUCGACCCUAAUAUUUUUAAGACAUCUGUCCGUCACCACAAGAACACCACACGACCGACUAACCAGUGAUACUAAUGGUUCAGAAUACUAAAUUAAUCGACUAAUAAAAUAAUUCCAAUAUCCAUGCACAGAGUUUUAUUCAAAGUAAAUGCAAAGCGUUGAAAUAAAAUAAAGCAUAUUGUUACAUAAUGUAUAUUGAAUAAUUCUUGACACAAUAAAAUUUACAGCUAAACAACAAAACAAAAUGGACGGAAUGUGAGAUUCUUAAUGAAAUACAAGCUAUUCAUAAUAAAGAUGUAGCUUAAAUAAGUAAUACAAUAAUGUAAGCGAAUAUUAUUGAAGCUGCCAUAUUGCCGCACCAUAGUUUUAGGCGUAAUUUGGUGCUAAGUAUGUG